UGAUUUCUCUUGAAUUCCUUCAUCUCCUCAUUACCCUUGUUAAAACUUUCCUUCUUUGAAUCUCUCUUUAGCUUUUGCUUAUUGUCAAUGGAUUCACAACUUUCCUUGUGGUUUUGCUCCAUGUCCACUGCUUUCUGCUUCGUCUUCUUCUCUUUCACCCUCUUGUUUUCUUUGUUUUCAUUAUUGAUCUUCGUUUUGAGGUUGAAGCUCUGGUGUACUUGUAAAAUCUGCCAGGCUUAUCUUACUUCCAGUUGGACCAAAGAUUUCGAUAAUCUUUGUGAUUGGUAUACUCACCUCCUUAAAAAUUCUGCCACCGGAACCAUCCAUAUCCAUGUUCUUGGCAAUAUCAUCACUGCAAAACCUGCCAACGUCGAGCACAUGCUUAAAACCAGGUUUGAAAACUACCCAAAAGGGAAACCUUUCUCCACUCUCCUGGGUGAUCUUCUUGGUAGAGGUAUUUUCAAUGUUGAUGGUGAUUCAUGGAAGUUUCAAAGGAAGAUGGCCAGCCUUGAGCUUGGUGGCGUCUCCGUAAGAACGCACGCUUUUGAUAUCGUCGGGUCAGAGAUUCAAUCUCGUCUUCUCCCUCUAUUAUCAUCAGUUGCUGGUAAAGAACAAGUUUUAGAUUUACAAGAUAUAUUUAGAAGAUUUUCAUUCGAUAAUAUCUGCAAAUUCUCCUUCGGGUUAGACCCUGGUUGCCUCGAAUUAUCACUGCCAGUAUCAGACCUUGCUGAAGCUUUUGAUUUAGCAUCAAAAUUUUCGGCACAAAGAGCGCUGGCAUCUUCAUCUUUGAUAUGGAAGGUCAAAAGGCUAUUGAACUUGGGCACGGAAAAGCAGCUUAAAGAAGCCAUUAAAGUAGUGGAUGAAUUUGCUGAAGAGAUGAUUAAGCAACGGCGGGAAGAGGGCUUUUCAGACAGACAUGAUCUCUUGUCGAGAUUCAUGGGGACAAUCAACGAUGACAAGUAUCUUAGAGACAUCGUGGUAAGUUUCCUCUUGGCUGGUCGGGACACGGUGGCGUCAGGGUUGACCAGCUUCUUUUGGUUGUUAUCUCAGCAUCCAGAAGUUGAGUCAGCCAUCCGAGAGGAGGUGGAAAGGGUGAUGGGGUCGAGUGAGCAAUUUGCAAGUUUUAAUCAAAUGCGAGAAAUGCACUAUUUACACGCGGCAUUGUAUGAAAGCUUGAGACUUUUUCCACCUGUCCAAUUUGACUCCAAGUUUGCUCAAGAGGAUGACAUAUUGCCUGAUGAUACCUUUGUGAGGAAAGGCACCAGGGUCACCUACCAUCCAUAUGCAAUGGGUCGGAUGGAGCGGAUCUGGGGCCCCGAUUGCCUUCAUUACAAGCCAGAAAGAUGGUUGCAAAAUGGGAGAUAUGUUCCUGAAAACCUGUACAAGUUCCCAGUUUUCCAAGCUGGGAAAAGGGUUUGUUUAGGGAAGGAAAUAGCAUUGGUGGAGAUGAAAUGUGUGGUUCUAGCCGUAGUUAGGCGGUUCAAUAUCCGGGUUCCCCAUUCGAAUCAAGCACCAAGGUUUGCCGCUGGUCUUACCGCCACCUUGAGAGGUGGCUUACCCAUUCUAGUCCAAGAAAGGGAAGCUUAAUUAAUUGAGACAAGAGCUUGUUUAGGUAGUAAAGUUACAUAUAAGCAGACCCAUAUGGGUUGAAUAUGAAAAUGUUUUCAACACAGAAAUCUAAUGGCUCAAAGGGGACAUCCUUCUUGUAUAUAUAUUUUGGUCAGAUUAAUAGAUGUUACAGCACAUUUUUGUAAA